UCUUUUCUGCCCAUGUCGCCACAUAAAACUAUCAGAUGGUUAGAGGAAGGACAUGGAGGCAGCCACUUAGCUCUUAGUCUUAUCAAGAAAGACGGAGAGAGAGAGAGGAUCUGGUCCAUUCAAGCUGGCCUGUGAAGAAGGAAACCCUACUACUUCUUCUUUCUUGUGUUCAGAGCACCAGAGAAGUGAACUUGCAGGGAGACUCUCGGCGCUCUUCAGAGAGAAAAAAAAAAAAAAAAACUCGGGAAAAAUUCUCAAAGACACAAAGACUCAGAAUACUGAAUUCCAGCGCAGAAUUUGGACAGGAUGCCUAGACCCGGGAGAAACACAUACAGCGACCAGAAACCGCCGUACUCCUACAUUUCCCUCACCGCUAUGGCUAUCCAGAGCUGUCCGGAGAAGAUGCUUCCACUUAGCGAGAUCUACAAGUUUAUCAUGGACCGCUUUCCUUACUAUCGGGAAAACACCCAGCGCUGGCAGAACUCCCUUCGCCACAACCUCUCGUUCAACGACUGCUUCAUCAAAAUCCCCCGGCGCCCGGAUCAGCCCGGAAAGGGCAGCUUCUGGGCUCUCCAUCCCAGCUGUGGCGACAUGUUCGAGAACGGAAGUUUCCUGCGACGCCCGCGCAAACGCUUCAAGGUGAUGACAUCAGAGCACCUGGCGCCCAGCAAGCCCUCGGACGCUGCCCACUACCUCCAGCAGCAAGCCAAGCUCCGGCUCAGCGCCCUGGGCACCCACCUCCCCCAGAUGUCCAGCUACAACCUGGGAGUGUCCCAGCCGUCCACGUUCAAACACCCGUUCGCCAUCGAGAACAUCAUCGCACGAGAGUAUAAAGUGCCGGGAGGGCUGGCGUUCUCCACCGGGUAUCCCCUCCACAACCAGCUGACCACAGCCUGGCCCCAUAUGUACAGCACUAGCGUGAUGGACAGCGCGGCGCCCAUCUCCAUGACCAGCAGCGAUUACAGUGCCUACGGUGUGCCCAUCAAGUCGCUUUGCCACGGCGGACAGACCUUACCGGCGAUCCCCGUCCCGAUCAAGCCCACUCCGGCGGCGUUGCCUCACCACAUCCACGCUUUCCUGUCGAACUCUCCCCAGUCGCUGAGCCCGACUUCCCCGCAGACAGCGACCAGCCAAAGCAGCCCCGCCACCCCGAGCGAGACCCUGACGGGCCCCGCGUCGCUGCAGUCGGUCGCGGUGCACUGACACCUGCGAACUGGGCCUCCCGGUAGACACCUGUACUCCAAAGUUGAAUUUUAAUCAUAGACCUUGAAAAAAAAAAAACACUGGCUAUACAAUCAAGGCAAGAGCUAUCUAUGUUGCAGUGAUGUUAAUUUAUGUGUAUGUUGUUCAGAUUUUAAGUGUUGCUUUCGAUGAGUCCAAUCAAACGGAUCGACACGGAUACCAUAUUGUAAAAUGAAGAGUUUUUACAUUUUAAAUAUCCAGAAUUUAUGUGUUCGUUCGAGUGGGUUGACUGCUGUCAAAUCCUGCUUCGUGUUUCAAUCGCACAUGGCAAGUGCUCGUCGUUUUACAGGUUAUCGCCUAUGAUAAUAAUUGUUAGAUAAUUUGAUCGUGCUGAAAUAGGCUGAAAAUGUGCGUAAGUUGGAAUGCUCACUAUUUUUUAUGUAGUUAGUAGUCAUGCUACUAACGUCCUAGACGACUAAACUUGUCUCAGUCUGCAAACCAAAUACUAUACUUGAUCUAAAACACACACACACACACACACAAGUACAGUAUGCUACAAUGGCAAACUUGAAAAAAAAAGUUAAAAUAGUUUUAAAAGAUAGGGUCUUCAAGUAAAUAUGUGAAUAAUUGCAAAUAAGUGAUAUUGAAUUGUGUCCAAUGCACUUUUUAGUUAGAUGUUUUACAUGAUAUUUUCCAGGAAAUGUUUUGUGAGCGUUUAAUUUAAAGCCGAGGUGACCAUGUGUAUUAAAUGCCGUAACAUUUGUACUUUUUGUUCAGAUAUAAAGCAUGCCUUUUCCAGACUUUGUGUUGUUUUGCUGCAAGCAUGCGUGCUUUUAAAAGAUGUGCAAAACGUCUGCAUUAAAUUAUAAACUUGGUCAUCAGAAUAUUUUUUCAUUAAAAUUGUGUAAACAUA